AUGUUCGGUUUCAGUGACCUGCUGCAGUGUCUGCGUGAGGACGAACGGAACAAACCGCAGAGAAACGACCGCGACUAUUACAGGCUGCCAGAAGCCACUACUCAGCUUGCUAAAAUAUCAAAGCUACUGAUAGCCAUGGAAAAGGGCUGCCUUCCUAAUCUUCAAGGCAAAUCGCUUGAUGACAUUGAGAUUGAAGGAGUUUUCAGAAUGUUCGGUUUCAGUGACCUGCUGCAGUGUCUGCGUGAGGACGAACGGAACAAACCGCAGAGAAACGACCGCGACUAUUACAGGCUGCCAGAAGCCACUACUCAGCUUGCUAAAAUAUCAAAGCUACUGAUAGCCAUGGAAAAGGGCUGCCUUCCUAAUCUUCAAGGCAAAUCGCUUGAUGACAUUGAGAUUGAAGAUGAGAUCAGAAUGACGGAUUCUGAUGACAGUGAUCCUGAAGAAAGUGAUUCUGAUGAUGAUGCUCUUGCUGGAGCUGCAGGAGACUCCAGUAAUGCUGGUGUUCAGAAGAUGCCCAUUGAGAGCACCACUGAAGUUCCUGAAGAGAGUGAGAGUGAGGCAGAAACUGAAAACCCACGGAGAGGGCAGAAAGUGGCCUGGUCAAAUGCUGAAAUUACAGCUGUAAUGAAACAUUUUAAGGGCCAUAUAACUAAAGGAAAAUUGGCCACAUUGACUGAAUGCCAGCAGUGUAAGACUGCUGAGGAUCCUGUUUUGGCGAGACGCAGUGCACAGAAUAUAUGGGAUUUUGUAAGAAAUCGAGGAAUUAGCUUAAAAAGGAAAACCCAGAAUCUGGUGCUCUUUAACCACCUUAGUCUUGAUAAUGCAGCAUAUUGA